AUGUCUGACUCUGGCAUCCAGAGUGGUGCAGACCUUGGACUUCCUGAUGCAAAACUGAGCCAAGUCAAUGUGGAGGAGCUGCCUGAAGGAGCCUCGGUGAAUGGAGGAUCUUCCCCUGAUGCCAGCUUGGGAGAAGGCACAGGAGCCAUCACACAGAUCGUGUCAGGAUCGCUGACCUUGUCUGGCCCUGCCUCCUCCCAGGGCACACAGCCCCUGGUCCCGGUGGCUCCAGAUGGCAGUGGUGUCUCUGAUGACACAGCCACCUCACUGGCUGCUCCUCUGUUCCCUGGGCACGGGCUGAGCUCAGGGCUGGCACCCAGUGGGGACACCCACUCCUCCCCUGGCACCCAGAGUUUUACAGACAAUGGACAAAUCAUUUUCCCAUCCUCGGACAACACCAUCUUCACGUACCCCAACCCUCCUUCCCGUGGCUUCAAUGGCCACGAGGAGGUUCCCAUGAUUGCUGUGUUUUGGGACAACGCUGACUUCUCCAGAGGUGUCGGCACCACUUAUUACCAGGAGUUCCUCACCCUCAACACGGAGAAGCCUCCAUUCAUCCGUGACGUGGAAGCAAAGAUUCGGCGGUACCUGAGGUCCUCCUACUCUGCAGCCUGGACCCUGAAGAUCACCUGGGAGAAGGCACCUGCCUAUGGAGCGCGGGCUGACACCCAGAGGACAAGCACGUACCAGGCUGUCCUGACCACCGACGGCUUCAGGUCCUAUGUCCUGAUGCUGUACCAGGAGGGAGGCAUGCGAUGGGAUUACACCAGGCUUGCUGCCACCAAUGUGCUCAUUGGCUACACCAGUGGGGAUGGUUCUUACCGCAACGAUGACCUGACUCAGAGACCUCCAGCUGCUAAAUAUCGCCCUGACCAGUUCAGGGGCUACAACACAGACCUCCGUGGGCUGUGGAUUUACAAGCUGGAGAGCCGUGUGGGUGUUAACUACCGGCUGAAGUGCCUGGCAUGGACUGGGCGGCAGCAGGAGCCACAGAUGUGGAGCCAGGGAUUGCCCUCCUGCCCCUGCUCCCUGCAGCAAGGGCAGCAGGACCCACGCUUCAAGAGCAGCCGCAGAGGCUGGUGGGCUGCCCGCAUCUCCAUGCUGCCCACUGCCACUCCCAACCAGCACGGCGCCGGUGUCCGCUGCCUGUACGACAGCCAGAGCCAGCUCAUCGAGGGGCGGCAGGAGAGGUACUGGAGGUCCUCCAGGCAGGCGUCCCCGUACCGCGACCAGGAGCUGAAGUUGUACGACUGGUGCUGUAACCAGGCUGGCAGUGCCCACCUCUGCGCCCGCUACAGCGAGAAGAGACCGAAGAUUGGCUGUGAUGGAUACCAGUCACCAGGCACGGGUUCCUCGGAGGAGGCAGAGAGUGACUCUGAGGAGCAGAGAGAUGAAGAGGAUGAGUAA